AUGUCUGGUGCUAUGAAGUCCGAGGACAACAACACAAGCACCCCUUCUGCAACUCCAGUGCCGUCCCAGCCGACAUAUACUGCACCAACUUCAUGGUCACCCUACGCGCACUACCACUACCAACACUACCCCCAAGGCGCAUACGCUACGUCGCAAUACCACCAAUAUGUGCCUCCUGCCCAGCCGCAGAUGCAGCAGCACCAGCCGGGGACGUCCACGCCCAGACCGAUACAGACGCAGCCGCCACAAGUGCAGACACAGGCACAGGCGAGCAAGCUGGACACGAAUGACAUUGCAACGAUGAACGAUGUGAUAGGGAGCGCGGGUGUAGAUCUCAGAGCAGAAGCGGAAACCCUCCAACAACGCCCCUACGACGCCCAGCAAUCCUACCGCACGUACGAAGACCGCACGCGCAAACAACCGCCCAAGCCCGCCUUCGACACCGCGCACCUCUCCGCGCGCAUGCGCACACUCGCCUCCCACCAAAAAAUCACCAAGCUCCCCGACGACACCAUCAACUACCUCGCGCUCUCCCUGCGCGCGCGCCUGCAGGACCUGCUCACCGACAUGAUCGCCGCCGCCGCGCACCGCACGUCCACGCAAUUCGACCGCCCCGCCUCGACGUACGCGGACGGCACGCCGAUGUGGAGCAUCGUCGUGCGCAGCGACGUCGGCAAGCAGCUCGCCGCGCUCGAGAAGGCCGAGCGCGACGAGGAGCUGCGCCUCCGGCGCGAGCGCAAGGAGCGCGCGGACCUCGUCGCCGCCUCGCUCGCCGCCGCGCCGCCCGCCGCCGACGAGGAGGACGCGCCGCCGAAGAAGAAGAAGAAGAAGGAGGGCCCCGGCGUCACCGCGCGCAACAUGAGCGAGGACGUGCGCAAGAAGAUGUCCAACGCGGUCGCGAGCCAGGCCGCGGGCAUCGGCGGCAAGUACGCGUGGAUGAACGCCGCGUCGGCGGCGGCGGCGCCCGCGCCUGCGAAGCCCAAGCGCGAGGCGAGCGUCACCGCGCAAGGGGCGAGCACGCCGGCGAGCAGCUCGUGGGCGCGCCCGUAUGUGCCGACGAAGCCCGCGGCGCAGGCGCAGCAGCCGGCGGUGAAGCCGGAGGAGGAGGAUACGAGGCGGACGGUGACACUGCGCGAUGCGUUGUUCGUUAUCGAGAAGGAGAGGGGUCAUGGAGGUGGGAAGGGGUCGGCGAGGGGAUGGACAUAG